AGGAGGGGCAAUACCUGCGCUACCUGCCCAACCCCGCGGACCGGCUGACCCUUGCGGGGACGCCUCUCCUCGGCGUGGGCGGGGCCUUCACCGCCGAGAAGGACAUGUGGCGGCACCUGGCCAAGAUGAAAUUCGAGGAUCUGAUGACGGCCGUAGACGAUCAGAGACUCAUUCGUCUCGGCCUCAACAGCACAUCGCACAUAACGACCUGGGUGACCGGGUGGCAGCGUGCCGCCAUCAGGAUGUUCCCGCAGCUCCUGAAGCGCUGCGACGUGGUCGUGGAAGUCCGGGACGCGAGGAUGCCUUGGGUGACCGCGCACCCGGACAUACCAGGGUGGUGCAGGCCGAAGCCACGGGUCAUCGUGCUGACGAAGGCAGACCUGGUGCCUCCCGCGGCCCUGGAGGAGACCAUACGGUGCCUGAACGCCUCGGCAGAGGACCAAGGGAUCCCAGUGAUUGCCGUCAAUGCGAGGCAGGGUGGCAGGGAGGUCGAGGAUCUCAGGACCGAGCUGCUCAAGGCGGGGGCCUACGUGAACCGGCACCGCAUUCGGAAGGGCGUCAAUCCCCGCGCCGUCCGCGUCAUGAUGGCGGGUUUCCCCAACGUGGGCAAGUCUGCUGUUAUCAACGCGCUCGCUGGCCGAAAGGUUGCCCCGAAAGGGGGCGCUACUGGCCAGACGGUCACGCCGACCUGGCAUAUGAUCGGCGGCUUCCGGAACACCGAGCUCGCGUUCCUCGAUAUGCCGGGGGUGAUGCCAGAGCAGUUCAACAAGCGCUACAGCGAGGAGGAAGUGUCCAUGAUGAUGAUGUGCAGGCUGAUUUCCGAUAAGGUCAUCGACUUCGAGAAGUGCGGCCACGACCUGCUCUUCCACCUCGCGCGGCUCUCGAAGGAGAACCCGCACUGCGUGGAGAAGGGCAUGUGGCGAGAGAUGAGCAGGCUCUACGACGUCGACAUGGCGGCGGCCGUCCGGCACGAGGGGCCCUACGCGUCCACGAGGUGGGACUGGCAGAACAUGGCGGCCUACUGCCAGAAGCUCAUCUCGGACUUCAACAAAGGGCUGUGGGGCAAGAUACAGCUCGAGCCGCCACCCGUCUCCCAGGAGCAGGCCGACAUCUUCGGCGGCGCGGUGCAGCGCGAGGCGCAGCGGGUCGCCGGCCGGAAGGUCGACGACACCAAGCUGGCCAGGAGGCCCGCGGGGCUCCUGCCCCCCGGCCGCCGCGUCGUCAACCUCCCCACCAGCAUGGACAAGGACAGGCCCAGGAGGAUGCCGGAGCUCGUGUCCGCGAAAGGCUACGGCGACGAGGGCCUUUUUGACGGCUGGUGAGCCCGGGUCGCCGCGCCGCGCGGCGGUCUUCGACGGCGGGCGGGCGACGCUCGAGGCGAGAGGUGCCCAGCGGCUCGCCUCAGUGCCUGGGGGCGCAGGAGGAGG